AUGAAUAAUCAUCGAUGUAAAAGUCAAAAAUCUUUGAUUACCAUUCGAAAAUGGUUAGUAGAAUCAGGUGAUGGUCCAUCAACAACAAUUUGUAUUCCUUCUUCAAGAAUUAAACACGAUAGACAACAAAAAUCAUGUUUGAAUAAGAUAAUCAAAAGAAAACGAUUUAAUAAUCAAAAAUAUUAUUCAAAUACAACAUCAUUUAUCGAUUGGUUCUAUGAAUUUAUCAAAAAAAUCUUUUUAAUUUAUGAUGAAAGAAAAUCGAAAUAUGACGAACAAAUAUAUCAUCCAACAAUUGAUGAUACAACUAUAUCAACAAUAACAUGUUCUACUUGUCAAUUGAAAAAUAUUGAUCCAUACAUAAACACUAUUCAAUCAACAUUAAAAUCUAGUAACAGUAAUUUAGUUUUACAUUCUCAAACCAAUACUAAAGUAAUGGUAACUACUGCAACCAGUAGUUCUAAUUUAAAUAUUACACAAUCGAUCAUUCUUCAUUCAUCGAAAUCUACUCAAACUCAAGCAUAUCAUAAUGAACAACAUUCAACUGUUUAUCCGCUCUAUUGUUUUUCUGUAAAAGAUGGACAAAUAUUGCCUCUUAUGUUAUCAUCAUUUUCAUCUUCAAACGACAUUCCAAAAUUGAAAGAAGUAACUUCUUCAUUUCCCAUUUGUAUUAAUAAUGAAACAUCUGAAUAUUGCAAUCCUCUUAUUGAUUCAUCAAUUUCACCACUAACAACUGAUAUCUAUUCUCAUUCAUCUUAUCGUCCAACUAUUGCAUCAAUUACAAGUUCAAAUUCAAAUACAAUUUCAUUAAAAACAACUCAAAAUCCAAUGAAAGAUAAUAUAUUAUCAAAGAUUCAUCGUCCUUCAUCAUCACUACAUGAUACACGUAUAUGUCAUUUUGAUAAACGUAAUUGUUUAAUUGAAUGUUGUCAUUCAUCAAACAUAGAAAAGAAAUAUCCAUCAAAUUUUUAUCGUUGUUCAAGUACAAAUACAAAUACUCCUGAAGUUGUCUUUGCAGAAAGUACUUGUCAAUUAAUUAAACAAGCAUGGCUUUCAUCUAUAUCUGAUCAACAAGUGAAAUUUUAA